UUUUGUCGCACACAAAUAACGUCAUUGAUCACGUUCACUCAGCUGUUUCCAUCACAUCGCAAAGCCAGGGAAGGAAUUCAUUUCAAACAUAUUUUAUCAAUCAUUUCAAGUUAAUUCUGUCGUCAUGGCCACACAGCUUCUCCAUUAAGUUUCUUGAAGCCAGUGGCGAGAUGAGGCCCCUCAAAGACGCCCAGCUGGGGGCCUUCACCUUCUUUGCCUCAGCUCUUCCUCAUGAUGUCUGUGGGAGCAAUGGUCUCCCUCUUACCCCCAACUCUAUCAAAAUCCUGGGACGUUUCCAGAUCCUCAAGACCAUCACUCACCCAAGACUCUGCCAAUAUGUGGACAUCUCCAGAGGGAAACACGAACGCCUGAUUGUUGUUGCUGAACACUUUGAAAGCAGUUUAAGUGAUUUUCAAAAACAGGGGAAAACAGCCAGCCCAGAGACAGUGCUGCAGAUAGCCUAUGAGGUCCUUGAAGGUCUGGAGUUUAUGAACAAACAUGGUAUGGUGCACAGAGCCCUCAGCGCACACAAUGUGCUCAUGGACUGCAAGGGGAAUGUCAAGCUGGCAAAGUUUGGCCUUUAUCACAUGACGGAUCAUGGGGCCGAUGUAGAUUUUCCCAUUGGGUACCCAUCAUACCUUGCUCCAGAGGUGAUCGCUCAGGGCUCCUUUCACCCCAGUGACUCUUCCCAUGAUGCAGCUCCUCUGCCUUCAGGACCCAAGACAGAUGUCUGGUCUCUUGGGGUUUUGCUCUUUGAAUUAUGUGCAGGUAGACGACUGCUGCAGAAUAUUCAUAUAAGUGAGAGAUUGAAAUUCAUUCUAACCUUGGGUUGCAUGGACGACAUUGUCACCGUCCUUGCUGAGGAACAUGGUUGCCUUGAUACUAUUAAGGAGUUGCCUGAGAAUGUUCUCGAGUUAUUAAGGAAGUGCUUGACAUUUCUUCCAUCCAAAAGGCCGACCCCUGCACAGCUGCUGGGAGACCCUGUGUUUAGUGGCAUCUCCUGCUUCUAUACGCCCUUCCAGAAGCCUGUGAGUCUGUUCUCCUCUUCCCUGCGCUGUGCACAUCUGGAGCUCCCAGAGGACAUCAGUGACCUUUGCAAAGACGAUGAUGAAGACUACCUGUCAGAGCGGGCCAUAGAUGAGGUGUACCAUCUGUGGUGUCUGGCGGGGGGAGACCUGGAGAAGGAGCUGACCAACAAGGAGAUCAUACAGUCCAAACCUCCAAUCUGCACACUGCCCAAUUUUGUCCUGGAAGAUGGAGAGUCAUUUGGCCAGGGAAGGGAUCGGAGUUUCUUGCUUGACGACACAACAGUGACACUGCCUCUCUGCCAACUCAGAAAUAGACUAAAGGAUGUAGCAGGAGAAGCCUAUUACCCUCUACUGGAAGACGAACAGUCAAGUCUGCCUCAGUCCAACAGCAGCAAUGAGCUGUCAGCCACCGUCACGCUCCCACUCAUCAUCCGCGAGAGAGACACCGAGUACCAACUCAUCCGCAUCAUCCUCUUUGACAGGCUUCUCAAGGCCUAUCCUUACAAGAAGAACCUAGUGUGGAAAGAGGCCAGAGUGGAUAUCCCCCCUCUUGUUCGAGGCCUGGCGUGGGCAGCACUGCUGGGCAUUGAGGGGGACAUUCAAGCCAAAUAUGAGAGCAUAGACAAGGAUACUCCCAUACCAACUGACAGACAGAUUGAGGUGGACAUCCCACGCUGCCACCAGUACGACGAGCUGCUGUCAUCUCCUCAGGGCCACAUCAAGUUCAGGCGUGUGUUGAAAGCCUGGGUGGUCUCCCACCCUGACCUGGUCUACUGGCAGGGUUUGGAUUCACUUUGUGCCCCAUUCCUCUACUUGAAUUUCAAUAAUGAAGCACUGGCAUAUGCCUGCAUGUCUGCCUUCAUCCCCAAGUACUUGUACAACUUUUUCCUGAAGGACAACUCUCAUGUCAUUCAAGAGUACUUGACUGUCUUCUCCCAAAUGAUUGCCUUCCAUGACCCAGAGCUAAGCAACCAUCUAAAUGAGAUUGGCUUCAUCCCAGACCUUUAUGCUAUUCCAUGGUUCCUGACUAUGUUUACACAUGUGUUUCCGCUGCACAAGAUCUUCCACCUGUGGGACACGCUGCUGCUGGGUAACUCCUCUUUCCCCUUCUGUAUCGGCGUGGCCAUACUGCAGCAGCUCAGGGACCGUCUCUUGGCAAAUGGCUUCAAUGAGUGCAUCCUACUCUUCUCUGACCUGCCAGAAAUUGACAUUGAGCGCUGUGUUCGUGAAUCCAUCAACCUCUUCUGUUGGACUCCAAAGAGCGCUACGUAUCGACAGCAUGCUCAGCCACCAAAGGCUGCUGGUGACAACGGCUUUGGGAAAGCAGCAACAUACUACUCGUCUGACUACCAGGACAUGGCCAAGACAGACCUGUCUCGGGAGCCUCUGGCGCUGUGCGACCUGAAAGCAGAAGUAUCCCCGAGGAUCUCGGCCGAGGACUUAAUCGACCUCUGUGAGCUGUCAUUGGCUGGGCCCACCAAAAGGACCAAAGCCGGCAGGCCAAAAAUCAUUGCUGUCGACAUCCGCAGUGUAGAGGACUUCAGCAGAGGCCACAUUUCAGGCAGCAUCAACAUUCCCUUCAGCACAGCGUUCAGCCCUGAUGGUGAGCUGGUGCAGUGUCCUACAUCAGGAAUCCUCCAGAACUACAGAGGACGUGUCAUUGUGAUCAUUAGCCACCCCAUGAAAAGUGCUGCUAUGUUUGCAGCACACCUGGUCAAGGUAAAUUUUCCACGGGUUUGUAUCCUUGAUGGAGGGAUCAACAGGCUGAAGCCCACUGGACUCCUGACUGUCCCCUCCCCUCAGAUUUGACCCCAGAUACGCUUCACAUGAAAAAAGGGACAAGUUGAAAGACUGUAUAUUGCACUUUGAGCUGAUAUUGAAGCAAAGAAACAAAUUUUGAUUUUUUUUUUUAACACAUUCUAAUUAAACUGGUGCAAAAUGAAAAAAUAAAUAAUCCCCUUCUUAAUCCAGUUUGAAUUCAACAAAUAUACAGGGCUAUGACUUUAUUUUCUGUCUCAAAACAAGAAUGAUUGAAUCAAUUUCUGGAACAAUUGCUUAGUGUUGUUGUAGCUUUGCACUGAUAAAUUGAGCUGUCUGUGACCAAUAUAAAUAUCUUGAUGUUUGUCAGCCUGUCUGCUCUCAGCCAGCUGAUCUAGGGAACUGUGUUAUACACUCAGUGGCCACUUUAUAGGGUAAUGCAAUCCAAUACAACUGUUCUGCCAUGAAGUCUACUUUUAUGUUGACUAUAAUGUUCAAUGUUUAAGCAUUAGGCUAAUAGUUAGUGGUGGUGUUGUACCCGGCCACAUUAUAUUCAGAGGUGUUUCUAACAUUCUGCCUGCCUCAUGUAUGUAAAUAGGAAGGACAAACAAUUAUAAACACCUCUUACUAUGGUAAUGUAAUGGUAUGACCUCAAUAAUAAACAUAAUUAAAAAAGUUUUCUGAGAAUGUCAACAGAAACUGAAAAUUAUAAACUUUGAAGAAUAUAUGGCAGAGUUGUAUUGAAUUGCAUUGAAUUGCACAGGAGUACCAAAUAAAGUCGCCACUGAGUGUAUGUUUGUGUUAGAAACAAUAAAAAUAACUCAGUGAUUUGUGUGGUGAUUCCAUAACUAGUAUUUGCAUUUACUUUGUUUACUUGUCACUGAAUUGUCUCUACUGUAUAAUCCACUAUAUGUAUUUGCAGUGCCAUAGAAAUUGGUUACCAUCAUGUUAGUUUUUUUUUUAUAUAAUAAAACAGAAUCUGAUGAAUCUGGAUAAACUUUGUAAGUGAA